GUUGCAGGCUGCCGAGUCCUCAUUUCCCUCACGAGCCGAGGCCGAUCUCAUCUCCGACCUCGCAGUAGCUGCGACAGCUCAACGCCAUGAGAGAUGAGGUUGCUGUCAUCCCUGAUGGCGAUGAUACCAGAGAGCUCUCUCGCGAGCCGCAACACUACCUCUCGACCGCAACCUCGAAUGCGAUCAGCACAUCGUUGCCCCAGUCGCCCGCGUCGCGCGGAUGGCUCAGUAGCGUCCGGCGACCGCGAACAUCGCCAGGCCCAAAAGCCUCACCAUUCAAGAGAACGCUGUUAGCAGAGGAUGACGCCAGGAGGGACUCGGCCUUGGCGUCCUCGACCUCACCCGCAGGCACCAAUCUCACUUCAGUCAGUGACUAUAGCUCCUCGCCCGUGAACUUGCGUAAGACACCGAGUCUCCCAGCUAUCGUCGUUCAAGAUGAGCUCUCUUCACAACAGCCGAGAUCGAGCACUCAUGCCUCGCGAAUGUCGCAAGAGCAGGAAGAGCUAAAGGCGGAGCGCCAGGACACGUUCCGCGGCAUUGAGACGAUAAUCCCCACCGGCGGAUUUGGCGACCUCACCUCACCGAACAAGGUGUCAUUCUCAAAGAGAGGGAGCAUGCUGGUGGCUGGCAAGAGGGCGAACGCGAUGAAGAAACAGCUGGGCUUGGUUGAGGAAGGUGCGGCCGCAAGUGAGUCCGCGUCUGCGCCUCAGGCCACCCCACCCCAGCAAAAGGAGAAAGAGCAGACGGAACAGGAGGGGAAGGAUGAGAAGGUGAAGGAAGAGGAGGGGAAGGAAGGGAAUGGGAAGGAAGAGACGGCGCAGGAGCAGGAGCCGCAACAAUCGCAGGGCCUACAGACACCGGUCACGUCACGGCUAUCCCCCCGGUCGCCAUCACGCUUCUCCGCUCGUGGAAGGGCUGUCAGUAGUCGUGUGCUGUCGGCGGAUGAGAUGAUGCUGUCACGCAAAGUUCGGACAAUGUACCGGCAUGGCAACGAGGAUGCAGCAGAUUGGGACGGAGUAGAAGAAGAGCCGGGAAGCACACAGGAUAGCUUUGUGGGCAGUAGCGUGGCUGGCACGCCUAUGAAUGGAUCAACAUUGACGGUGGAUAAACAUCGCGAGGAUUCUGGGUCACUUAGGUCUUCACAACAGGAGAGCUUCAUUGCAAAGGAGCCUACCGAGACGGCUGGAGGAGUGGAAGACUGGGCCGAUCUUGAAGGAGAGGAGGUGGAUAGAUAUGGAUUCAUCGUUCCGAAGAAGACAGCAUCUCGUGGUUCUUCCAACGGCGGCCUUGAUGGACCCGACGAACCCCGAAUACAACGCGUAUCCACCACCCUUAAGCUUGCAUCAGAGGAGCCUCGACGGCGGCGACUGGGCCGAAGUGUAUCGAAAGCUCGGUCUGCUCGAUCUGCAAAUCCAACAACCGCGUCAUCUCCUAAGAGGCGACGUUCGCUGAAAUCUGCGAGAAACACAGAGUCGGUUUAUUCCAAUCAAACAGCGACUACCCGCAGUGCCUCUGGAAACCCUAUGCGGUACGCUGCCAACCGUUUGCCGCAUAAUAAGGACCGGCGACUCAUGGACGAAGCUAGCGACAUGCUCACUUUACCGCCUGGUCUUGCGCAAAUCGCAGAACAGGAAGACGGGGGACGAGCAGCCCAAGCUAUGAGAGCUAAGGAGAUGGAGCGGGAAGAGAAAUGGCGGAAGAUGGCUAGAGUGGUGCACUCAGGCGCAAAAGGUGGCGGCAUGAUGUUCGAGUUCGAUGUUAAAGAUCCGAGACUCGUUGCCCGCGCAUGGAAAGGCAUCCCCGAUAGAUGGCGGGGAACUGCAUGGUAUGCAUUCCUUGCUGCGAGCGCCAAAGCAGACCCAGAGAGUCCAACCGACGAAGAAUUGAUUGAAAGCUAUUAUGAACUACAAGAAGAGAGUUCGGCAGACGACAUGCAGAUCGAUGUGGAUGUCCCGAGGACUAUCAAUAGGCACAUCAUGUUUCGCCGACGAUAUCGGGGAGGACAGCGACUUCUUUUUCGUGUCCUCCACGCUAUGUCUCUAUACCUACCAGACACUGGGUACGUUCAAGGUAUGGCUGCGCUUGCUGCCACGCUUCUUUGCUACUAUGAAGAAGACAAGGCGUUCGUUAUGCUCGUUCGCUUAUGGAUGCUUCGAGGCCUCGAGAGACUCUAUGAAUCAGGCUUCGUUGGACUGAUGGAGGCUUUGGAAGACUUUGAGAAGAAUUGGUUGCGUGGUGGAGACGUAGCGAAGAAAUUGGAAGAACUCGGCAUUACGUCGACAGCUUACGGUACCCGAUGGUACCUGACUCUCUUCAACUAUUCUUUGCCGUUUCCGGCACAGCUUCGCGUCUGGGACGUCUUCAUGCUGCUCGGCGACAUUUCGAAUUCGAAUACAUCCUCAUCGACGUUCAGUGGAGACUUGGAUGUAUUGCAUGCAACAUCUGCCGCGCUGAUCGAUGCAACGAGGGAGAUUUUACUUGAUUCGGAUUUUGAAAAUGCCAUGAAGGUGUUGACAUCCUGGGUCCCAAUAAAAGAUGAGGACUUAUUAAUGAGGGUGGCGAAGGCGGAAUACAAAAUGCGAAAGAAACGAGCCAAUGCAGGUUGAAGGAUUAGUUUCCGCGUUUGGUUGGCUCGGACGAGUAAAAUGGGGCGAAUAGUCAUCCAUAUCGGUGCAGCCGCCAGCCACAACCAGUGACAAUGGAAAGUUCGGCCGUGCUUCCAGACUCCUUCGAGAAA